AUGAAUCCUCAAGUCCCUCCAGCAGCUCAAGCCUCUAUCGUUCCCUCCAAAAAUGCCCUGCGAGCUCUGCGUCGCUUAGCCCUGUCGUCUCCGGUUCUCGUGGCCAGCACACUUGGCGGCGUGUGCGGUAUUGCGACCCUCAACUAUGAAGUCAACCGGAGAGUCCGCCUCGCGGAACAAGCCCUGGAGUCCAAGAAAAUCAUACGGGCGUUAUCCCACGGACGAGGUGCCAACCAACUCAAUGCGAUGAUAGGGGCUGCAGAGAGAGGAGAAGAUUUCACACUGAGCACGAGAAGUACCAAGAGGAAGAGGAAGGCUUCGACGAGGGAUUUCUCCGCUGUAGCUCUUCAGGAACACUCGGAGCUCACGCACGACAUGGCGUCAGAGAAGGCCGAACUUCCAUAUGUACCUUUCCAACAAUUCAAUCCUCAAUCCGGAGGAUCGAGUCGAAGCCCGCAUGCUGCAGCUACCGCUGAGACGCAUCCCAGUGGUGCGCAUGGAAUGGCUGUUGACAAGAUUCUCAAGGCCAGCAGGGUCCCCCAUCGACUGUCGAGUUAUCGAACAACUACACAUCCGAAACAGCAACACAAGUUAGAGGUCGAGAGGGCCUCAGACCUGCUUCAGAAUUGGUUCAGUCCUAUCCCUGAGGGUCCGGGAGGAAAAGACUCAGACUACGCAAAGUCGAAAGGGCUUACGCCCUUCAAGGGACAAAGAAGAGCUUCGGAUAUAUAUAUGAGAAGAAUCGCUCUGAUAGAUACUCUAUCCCCAACGGAAGAAGUCCCGACGCGGGAAACCCAUUCUCUUGACCAUCCACCUCUCACUGAAAACGAUAGCAAUGGAAAAGCGUCAUCCAUCAAUCCACCUCUCGACCAAGGGUUACCUGAUCACGAGAAUCACCGCAUCGAGGGAACCAGACGCGGAGCGUUCCAUUUUCGCGGAGAUCGAGGCGCAGCAUACUUGGCUGCGUACCUGGAUGACGAGGGCAUAGACCAGGUUCUGAGGGAUUUGCUCGACCAAAUCCCACAGCUCCCCUGGGAUCCAGUGGCCGUGGAAAGCCUGCUGCCGUCAGCGCCGAAAGAUUUCGUUGAUCACGCCAGAACCGUUUUGAAUCCAAAGAUCCUCUUCAGCUUGCACCGAUUUAUCCAGCCGGAAAAUAGGAAAAUGAGGCGACACUAUCAGUACCGGCGCUGGCUUGCUGUCAUGAGGCAUUAUACCACCCGGCCCAGCACUGUGAACUGGAUGACCGCGGAAGCUGUCUUCUACGAACAUCGAAGCUUGUUCAAACCCAAAGGGCUCAAUAUCCUGCCGGUCUUUGAUCUCGUACAGCAUCUGCUAGCGACAGAUUCGACUUACAGUCGAGUCCAAAACAUCCUUUUUCCUCACUCACUGCAGGACUAUGCGGAUCCAGCUGAAGCUUUUGAAAUCUCAGUCAAGUAUCUGACCUUCUUCUGCGAAGGUCAGCGGCACACCAUUGCCGAGUGUGUUGAAGAGACGAGAAAGAUCAUUAGUAUCGCCAGGCGGCAGGGACUCAUCCCCUCUCAGGACAUCGCUGUCCCCGUGGUCAAGGCUCUCAUUCGCUCGAGGGACUUUGAGGAUGCCGAAAUUGUUCUCGAUCAACUUGGGGUGAUGUUUGGUGACGUUGAUUCUCUUGAUAUUUUGAGCAAAUACACGUUUUUGAACGCCUGCGAGGGUAAUUGGGCAGUGGUCGAAUCCACUUUGGACAAGAUUCACGGCGUCAACAAGUCGAGAACCCGGCCGAUGGAAUUCGCUCGCCUGUUUCAAAGACUUUUGAUCCAACAUACGGCCCAAAAUCCCUCCGUUCAAUCCUUUGGCUUCACAGUCCAUGCCAUCCGAUACGCCGGUCUGAUACCUACUGGGCUCAUAUCGAGGACACUGAUAUGUGCCUGCAUUCGAGACCGGCGUUACGACCUGAUCGUCCAGUGGGCGCGAUUGGUCAAGGAGGCGUUUCCCAGGGUGAGCCUGGGGUUCGAUCUUCUGCAAGGAGGAUGGAUUCUCGCGGAUACCCUCAUGGAGAUUGGUGCCAGCUGCGAGGAAAUUGCCAAAGUCUGUCUGACAAUUGCUCAUGGGUGCCGGAAAAGUCCGUUCAGCCCAAGCUUCAGGGAGUUUACUGUGGACCUCGUCAAAGCAGACUUGGGGCGCAGGUUAUGUGCAGCCUCUGCUCAGUCGAGAGACGAUAUUUGCACAAUGACUCUGGAACAGCUGCUCACGCGUGCCUUUGACCUCCGCGACUCGUCAACGGUCUCACGGGCAUACGAUGUGUAUGUCGAGGGAUCGAAGAGUGAUAUUGCCACUCAGAUGUCUGCCAUUGUAGAUCUAGCCAAAACAUUCCGAGGCGAUACGAAGCUGUUGUUUCUGGGCAACAAAGGCCAGGCCGAGAUUGUUUCGAAACGACGUCGCCACGGUGGUUCCAGCCAGAUGCUGCGCGGGAUGAACGUCUUCAAGCGGAUCUACCCAGAAAUCUUCGAGCAAGGUCAGCCCAAUGGGGCUGGAAGCUUGAUAGCUGCGCUGGUGGAAUACUAUGAUGGCCGUGAGCAGAGAGGUCUCCCCGUCGACCACGCAGUGCUGAGAGACCUCAUAACGCAUGUCGGUCCACAGCACCCAUCCGAGAUCAUUGAAUUUGUCGAGGCCAUCUAUGCGAGCGGGUAUGUCCAAGAUCCCAAGGGAACACCGUUUGACGCGGAUCUGUUCCGAAAGUGGCUGUACCUGGUAUCGAUGUACGGAUCCAUCACGUCGGCCAAAGCGGUGCUGAGGGCGGUAGUUGAGUCCAGCCAUCAGCUGGAGUGGACUACCCAUCUCCGCGUUUUGUGUGAAUUUGUCGCCCAGGUGGAGAGUUUCCCGGAUGGCAGCUUCUGGGACGAGAGGCAAUUUCCCCGAAAACCCGACGACGAGGAAUUGAGCUCGCUGUACGAGGAGAUCAAGAAGUUGUGGGUUGCGGAAUGCAAGCAGCGGAAGGAGACGUUCAAGUUUCCCGAGUGGAAGGGGUGGGAGAUGGAGAUGAGUAGCCGCUGA